GCUCGAAAACGGGACCUGCUUUUCAAAGAAACUGCAUUGCUUGUCAAUCAUUUCCUUUCUUUGGAAUUCAGCCGCCGCCGAAGACUUCCCUGUGUGUUGUGUUUGCUCCUCGACCACAUUCAGCGUCCCCAGAACGCCCUCGCCGCCUCUGCAUUCCAGCUUGCAAUAUCCUUCUCGUGCCUUUGACGGGGCACAUUUAAUCUUUCAAAACGGCGGUUCUUUCUCACCAAGCUAGGGACAGCCUGGUCCCUCCGCAUCUUCUCGGGAUGCAGGAUAUGUCGGGUCACCAGGGCGGGCCGAGUGCCCCCAACGGCCGUUUUGGCCAUGCCUCGAAGCCGUCGAACAGCGACACCGGCUUCUCUCACGGCGCCUUCGCCUCAAACAUCAGCGGUUUUGCCGACAGGCACCCUCGCCGCGGGAACAUUCCUACCAUCAACACCCAGCCGAUCCAGCACCACCACCACCAGGCGCCUACCAAUGGCGCUGACUUGACCACCCCCGGCACUGCGUUCGACAUGCAGUUCACUCCUCUUCUGCCUUCGCAAUUGCUCCUGGGUAGCCCGUUUCAGCCGGGGACACCUGCGGCCUUCGCGAGCCCCCACUUCCAGAACGUGAACAACUUCCAGCAGGCCCAGCAGCAGGGCCUCCAGCAGCAGCAGCAGCAGCAGAAUGGCCCGUCUAGCCCGGUCCAGCAGAACAUCUCGCCCCAGAUGUACCAGUCCAUUGUGUCCCCCUCGGCCUACGGUGCGCCCCAGUUUUAUGCGCCGCAGUCCCCGACUGGCUCGUUCAACAAUGUGGGAGGCCAGAUGCAGGUCCCCAUGCAGCCCACGUCGCCCGUGUCGAUGGGCCCCGGUAUGGUCACCGGCACGAGCCGCACUGUCUACCUUGGCAACAUCCCUCCUGACACAGUUGCCGAGGAGAUCCUGGGGCAUGUGCGCAGCGGCCAGAUCGAGUCCGUCCGCCUCCUCCCGGACAAGAACUGCGCCUUCAUCUCGUUCCUGGACGCGAGCUCCGCCACGCAUUUCCACUCCGAUGCCAUCUUGAAAAAGCUCUGCAUCAAGGGGCAGGAUAUCAAGAUUGGCUGGGGUAAGCCCUCGCAGGUCCCGACCUCGGUCGCUCUAGCUGUCCAGCAGUCUGGCGCGUCGCGCAAUGUCUAUCUCGGGAACCUGCCCGAGGACAUUAGUGACGAGGAGCUGCGCGAGGACCUGGGCAAGUUUGGCGCCAUUGACACGGUGAAGAUCGUGCGCGAGAAGAACAUCGCGUUUGUGCAUUUCCUGUCCAUCGCCAACGCCAUCAAGGCCGUUUCCCAGCUUCCGCAGGAGGCCAAGUGGCAGGCGCCCCGCCGGGUCUAUUAUGGAAAGGACCGGUGUGCCUACGUUUCCAAGACGCAGCAGCAGAACGCUGCGCAGUACCUAGGCAUUGCCCCUGGCUACGCCCACAUGCUGACUGGAGCGGACCGUGAUCUCAUCUCGAACGCUCUGGCUCAGCAGUCGGUGGCUGCUGCUGCUGUGGCUACGACGGCGGGCGGCAUUGGCAAUCUGGGCAACCGGACGAUUUAUCUUGGCAACAUCCACCCCGAGACCACCAUUGAGGAGAUUUGCAACGUUGUCCGGGGUGGCCUUCUGCACCACAUUCGGUACAUCCCCGACAAGCACAUCUGCUUUGUGACCUUCAUCGACCCCACAGCUGCCGCGUCGUUCUACGCGCUGAGCAACCUGCAAGGUCUGAUGAUUCACAACCGUCGCUUGAAGAUCGGCUGGGGCAAGCACUCCGGGGCUCUCCCGCCUGCAAUUGCCCUUGCCGUCAGCGGCGGUGCCUCGCGGAACGUGUACAUUGGUAACCUCGAUGAGACCUGGACCGAGGAGCGCCUGAGGCAGGAUUUCUCCGAGUACGGCGAGAUCGAGCUCGUCAACGCCCUGCGGGAGAAGAGCUGCGCGUUUGUCAACUUCACCAACAUUGCGAACGCGAUCAAGGCCAUCGAGGCGGUCAGGGGCAAGGAGGAGUACAGAAAGUUCAAGGUGAACUUCGGCAAGGACCGCUGCGGGAACCCGCCCAGGCAGAUGCAGCAGCAGCAGCAGCAGCAGCAGCAGCAACCGUCACCUCGCGGCGACCAGAUCCCCUCCCCCCCUGGCAGCGGCUCUACCCCGAACGGCAACUCGCCCACCAACUCGGGCAGCGCCUCGUCGGCGGCCUUGUUCAACAAUUCCGGCAACCCGCUGACCAUGUACCUGAACCACGUCUCCCAGCAGGCGCAGCAGCAGCAGCAACAGCAGCACCACGUGCUCGCCGCGCAGCAGGCCGCGCUCUUCGGCACGGCCUCGUCGUCGCCCAACGACCCCGGCCUCGCGCUCGAGGUCCCGCAGGGCCCCAUCUCGGGCCACCAGCAGUCGGCCAGCAUCUCCAACGGCUACGUGACCAACCCGUCGGCGUCGGGCGCCCCCACCAUCGGCGGCCUGCUCGCCCCGGGCAACUCGCGCGCCUCCCACAACCGCGCCGUCAGCCUGCCCGUCUUCGCCCCCUUCGAGAACGGCGGCACCAGCCCCAACAGCCUGCACGGCAGUGUUGGUGGUGGUGAUGGCAGCGGCGGCGGCGGUGGCGGCGGUGGCGAGCGCCGCGGCCACCAGUACCAGGCUAGCUUCGGCGGCAUGGGUGCCGGGUUUGGGCUGGCGAUCCAGGGGAACCUGAACGGCUGGGUCGAGGAGGAGGUUGCUAACUGAAUCUGAGCUUGAAAAGUUGAGAGUUGGGCUGUUUGUUGUUGUUGUUGUUGGGCUUGGGGUGUGUCGUCGGCGAGCGGCAACGCGGGGACGGGCGGGACCGAGAAAGAAAAAAAGACCGGGACGGGAUCAGAUUCGAGUAUCUUGUUGUAAUUUGUUUGGGUCAGUAACUCUU